GAAGCUGAUUCCUUUGGUGGUAACGUUAACUCAACUGUGAAGAGGAAGAAGCAGGUGCGUUUCGGGAUCCUGCUGCCCCCCGAGCUCUUUGACAAGAAUCUUCCCCCCAGCACCCCUCUACGGAAGGGGGGCACCCCAGGCCGCAUCCCAACGUCUGCCGGGGGGUCCCAGCUGAGGUCACUGCUGAAGACCCCCCAGAGGACCCCCCUAACCCUGGCCCAGCCGGACUUCAGCAGCCCCUCUCUGACUGGAGCCUCCCCAUCCCUCACUAUGGGGCCCUGCUGUGGGGAACAGGAGAGCACUGACACUCAGGGAAAGGUACAAGUCACUCACUAACACAGUGAUUGACCUGUCCCAAAAUGAUGAAGCAAGGGUUGUAUUCAUUAGGCACCAAACGGAAGAAAAUGUACUGAAACAGGGACUACCUGAACGUCCAAUAAGGAACUCUUGUUUUCCGUUGCCAAAACGUUUUGCUAAAGUGUUCCCUAAUGAGAACAGACAAUCAUUUAAUUGUUAUUCUUGGUAAUCCAGCAUGUGGGUUGUUGUGUUUCACCAUGUAAAUAAUGCAGUAAUUCUCUAUGCCCUCAGAUCACCUUCCCGUCAAUGGAAGAAGAUGUUGACAGUUCAUUGAUGGACAAUGCAGGUUGGUUGUGGAACAGUGAUCUUUGCUGAGAGGAAGCUAUAUUUCUAGUCAAGCUCUGUGUAAAACAUGACAUUGUUGUCACUUGCUGUAUGUAUUUACAGAGCUGGAGACUCAACCUCUCGAUUUGAACUCAGCUUUCCAAGAAGAGGACUCUGUUUGUGAGGCACUGCCAGGUGAGAUAUAGUCACUUCAGUUGACUCCCACUUCAUCCGCCCACACCCUCUCUCUCCUUACGUAACAGCACCUCUCCUCCUCAGCCUCAAGUCAUUGAUUUACAGUGGUGCCAGUGAGUGUCAAAUGAGAUUCUAAAGCCGAGGUGUGUUUGCUGUAGAUGCUGCCCCAGUGCCUGACCCUGCCCUGGACUGUGAACCAGAACCAGCCGCUCCUGCCACAGCCCGCUCUCGCAGCAGAAAGAGAAAGGUCUGGUAACACACCACUCAUUCACUGAACAGGAUAACCUCAUUCCCUCCACUUACACACCAAUGAGAAGAUUAUCUCUGGACUAAUAUUAUCAUAAUAUUAAAACUAUCUUUAUCUGUUGAUCUAGGAUUAAUCUCAAUGGAAGAUCUUGUGUGUAAUUAAAUAGAUCCUGUCCUAAUGCCACCUCUCUCUCUCUCACUACCUAUUUCUCCCUCUAUUUCUCUCCAUAUUUCUCUCUCCAUAUACCUCACUUUUAUCUAUCUCUGUUCUUUCAGCAACCAGAGGAGGAAAGUAAGCCUGUGAAGAAGAGGUCUUCGCGUACGGCUGCCAAGUCUGCCUGUGGGAGGAUGAAGGUCAGUCUGGGCUCUGCUCAUCACUUUACUUUCUCGACAGAGACUUAUAAUAUUACACGCUGUGGCGGUGGAUAGUACAGUGAGCUAAGCCUCAGGGAGGUAUUACAUUCACCAAGCUACUUGCCUCGUUCUAACUUUUAUUAAGCCACAGUCAAUCUGCUUUCCUCACGCUCAAGCGAUUUAGGUGAUGCUUUUUUUAUUCCAAUUUUGAGCAAGAACCAAACUAUAUUUAGAAGGUGGUGUUUUGAGUACUUGUAGGAUUUACUUUAGUUCUGAACACGAAAGGAAUUAGCGUUUCAAGGGCCCAAAGAAGCAAGUCUACUGUGAUUGUUGUAAUAACUGUAUCCUUCAGAGGUGACAGUAAAACAAUAUCAAAACCUAAAUGAGAAGAGGUACAAGGUUGUAAGCAGGGAUGCAAACUCUGGUGAGGGCCCAAAAUGGUGACACUUGCUAGGGGGGGGUCAAAAAUUAAUAUCAGCUCUAAAAUAAUCCCCAUUCACACACAACUGCAUGUAAAGUUCAACACAACAAAAGCAAUAGCUUUGGGCUACACUGCAUGUUUUUACCUUGUACACUUUCUGCCUGUGGACAUCUGUUCUAUAAUGUGCCAUCAGCAGAGCAUGAGACCCUUGGUUGGCAUAAUUUAUCUCUUUCAGGCAGAGAGUAGACCUGGCAUACCCAUUUUUAUCCACUGUAUUGAGAAAGAGGGAAAUUGUGUGGUCUUCCUUUCACCUCUGGCAUCGAGCUUAAGCCAGGUCCAGCUACACCUACACCUGAUCCCUGAAUCCACUUGUUUAACAAGCAACGCCUCAUUUUCACCUGAUUCUCUCAUUCUGAAAAUGAACCACAUACUGUAGAGGGAAAACAUUAGUUAACACGUGGUAGUUAGUUCGUUAGCUAGUUAACUAGCUAAAUGAUAAUUCGAUCCAGCUAGCAAGAUGCUUAACAAUGCUAACAAUUCUUGUUCCACCACACUUGCUCCCUCACCUCAAACUUUCCAAAUGCCAGUUGUUUUUCGGUUACAGCUCAUGAAGUACGCUUCAUCACCUUCUCACCCCAGUCUCCGUGGUCAGGCUUCUCUCCCUCUUCGUUAUCGUUGGAUACAGCCAAUAUUGCCCCAAACGUGCAUCACUCGUUCGCUUACAGCCAGUAGUUUCUCAUUGGAUCUAUACAAAUAACGUAGGUUGCCUAUUUUGGAUUCAAAACGGCGAAUUUCGCCAAAAGGUGACUAGUUUGCAUGCCUGUGUAAGGAUGGGGCAAACCAGCUUGGGUGUUUGUGUUUCUCCAGAACUCAGCAAAGCGUGGCUUUGGGAAGAAGGCGGUAAACCGCUCUCUGUACGGGAAGAGAGACUACGCAUCCAAGAACCCCAACCUCAGCCCCAUCACGGAGAACCUGUCCUCCCUCAGCUGCUCCCCCAACCCUCAACACCCCCACACCUGCAGACACACGGGUAAGCACUUUGCUGUUAGGCUCUGUUUGAAUACCCAGGAAGAAACAUUCCUUCCUUGAACUAAUCAUUGAUCAAAUAUGAUUGGAUUGGUGAGAGCAAGGCUUCCACUGCUGAUUUCACGUAUACCUACACCCCCACUCACUUAUGAAGACACAUAUCUUGCAUUACCCAUCUCAUAUGUAUAUACUGUAUUCUAUACUAUCUAUUGCAUCUUAGCCUAUGCCACUCUGAUAAUGACAUUACUCAUCCAUAUGUUUAUAUAUUCUUAUUCCAUUCCUUUACUUAGAUUUGUGUGUAUUAGGUUUUCGUUGUGGAGCUGUUAGAUAUUACUUGCUAGAUAUUGCUGCACUGUAGGAACUAGAAGCACAAGCAUUUCGCUACACUCGCAAUAACAUCUUCUAACCAUGUGUAUGUGACCAAUACAUUUGAUUUGAUUUUAAGAUACACCACUAAAGUAAAGGCACUCUCCACUCUCACUGAUUCAGACACUUGAAAUACAGUAGUAAGUACAGUCAAUAAUAAAUUAGAACGCUGCUACUGUGUAAGCAUUCUCACAAAGCACAUAGGCCAUUCAAUCUGACUCGGAGCAUGUCCAAGUACAGACAUUCAACAGUCUGUAGUAGUAGCUGUAGUCUAGACAGUAUUAUAAACUGCUGAUAGCAGUGGUAUAUCAUACCGUAUACCACGGGUAUGACAAAACAUGUAUUUUUACUGCACUAAUUACGUUGGUAACCUGUUUAUAAUAGCAAUAAGGCACCUCUGGGGUUUGUUGUAUAUGGUCAAUAUACCACACCCUCGGGCCUUAUUGCUUAAGGAACCCAUGCUGUGUGUCCUCCCUCCACAGCCAAAGUAGACUCCAGCCUAUUGGAAGAUGUCAUUAACAGCGACCCAAUCACUGGAGUGGUCAUGGCUGCAGCGCUGUGGCAACGCCGCUUGUGCCCCGUGGACAGCGGGGACUCACCAGAAGACACCACCCCAGCUGCAGAGCCCUCUGAUGGGCCUUCAGAAGACCGCCAGGCCCUUGUAUGUUCCACCACAGGCCGCUCUGGGACUGGGAGAGCAGCACGAGCUGGGAGGAGACGGUCGGGUCCAACAAAUACCUCCAGAACCAAAGAGCAGAAAGAACAGAGUUUUAUUAGAGGAGAUAGAGGGAAGGGCAGGAAGGUGAGUGUUCCUGUUGAUUACUGUCUCAGUGAAGACCCAGAAGAGCAGGUAGAGAACACUGAUGCAGAACAAGACUCAACAGAAACAAGCCAGCCAGAGGUUUCAGAGUCCAGCCCAGCCAAGCACACAGUACCUGGUGACAGAGAGGGUGAACCUAAUGCACAGUGUACCUCAUACCCUGUAGAUACAGAUACAGAUCAAUGCACUGGCACACUACCAGAUGCAGGUAGGAGUGGGGAAAAUCCAGUUAGGGCAGACACUACACCCUGCCCUCCUACAGAUGAGGUUAGCACCACAGUGGCUAUAUCAGAGCAGGAGGCAGUGAGCCGUGUAGAACAGAGACCAAACAAAGGCAAGCAUAGAGGAGAAGCUCGGGCCCCGGGCCGCUCCAGGGGUAGAAGGAGUUCUAUAUACGCCAGAUCAGUCAUAGAGGAGGCGCAGGCACCCCAGUCAAACGGUCCAGAGGCAGUGGAGGAGAGCGGGCAGGAGGUGGAGAAUGACAACCACAGGUCAGAGAUGGAGCUGGGUAACAUUACAGAACAGGCCUCCUCCUUCCGAGAUUCCCUCCUUCCCCCCUGGGCACAAGAAGAGUUCAGCAUCGAUGACGUGCUGCGGCCUCUUCCCAGCAGGGGGCAUCGGUCUGUCCGCCGCAGCCUGAGGAACCAGAGCCAGAGCAGCACCCUGGAGGCCAGAGGCUCCGGCCUAGCCUGGCUGCCCCACACCUCCCCAGACUCCAUCAGGGCUAUCCGCAGGAAGACCAGGGGCCGACGCAGCUCAAUCCAGGCUCUACUGCCCCCUCCCCUGGAG